GAAACCGCUUGUUCUUCGCUUCCUCGAGGCUGCCGAUGACACCUUCUGCCCCUCAUGAGCUAGCGCAUAUAUGUAUUUGACGACCCGUGACUAUGUUUACAUUCACGACUCUGCCAUACUAACCUACAGACACAAUGUCCCUUCUCACCCUUCCAGCAGAGCUUCGACUGAGAAUCUACGACUAUCUCCCCGAUCUCCAACCCAACCGCAUCGAAACUCUCACAGCCUACUCAAAUCUCACACUUGCAAUCAGUCGCGUCAACACCCUCCUCCGCUAUGAAACUCUCAUCAUUUUCACCUCAAAUUCCAACUUCACAAUCGCCAUGGACGACGGACCCCAAUUCUGGCUCAAACGCCUAACAACCUGGAUGAACAGCUUAUCCCCCAUUCCACUCUCCCGAGUCCGCAGUCUCCAACUCAGUCGUCACUGGAACAUCCCCGCUCCCAUGCGUUGGCAAGGGCACUCAGGCUUCUACAUCCGCAUGGAACGACCAAGACUGAAGUCAGAAGUUAAAACGUUCCCAAUCUCCACCUCUUCCUCAACAGACUCUUUCCCCUCCGCCUGGUCCAACCGCUUCGUCAAACCCAUUCAUGAAGCUGAAGGAAACUGGACCGUUACAGCAGGAACAUACCCCGUUUCGAAGGAUUUGCAAGGCAUGCGUCUCGAGAGCGUCGAGCUUCUGGCAAAGGUCAUUAGACAGUACUUCGCAGCUACUUGGCAGUGCUCGGAUGCGGACGAAGAAGAGGUCGGUCUAAAACGUGAAGACGUGCUCUUCCUGUUGCGAGCGAUGGACAUCGUAGCUGUGUAUCAAAACAAUCCCCUCGUCGGUUCAGGGCCUGGACAGCACCGGAAGGCUUGGCUAAUGAUGAGAGAGAAAUUGAACGCUUUGGAGCAUGGAUUUGUUACGGCUUAA